CUUUUUAGAUCUGUACAAGUAUAUGCUGACAUCCGGAAGCAACUGGAUGCCGAACUUGCCGAGAAGACGAAGAUCAUCGAAGAGAUGUCCGGACAGCUUGAGAGUCAUCAAUCCAACCUCGAUCAGUUGAAACAGGAGCUCGGAAAAGCGAGGAAAAGACAGAUAUUCCUUGAUGAAACAUAUGGGGGCAAUGUAAGAGAGAUGGAAUUACUGCUGGAAAACUUUGGUCUUCAAACUGAACCUCGUGCAUCUUCUGGGAAAUCAAAAGGCAGCAAAGAUCCGAAAAUUGUGUUGGAACGAAUGAAAAACACUUUGUUUGGUUACCAGAAGCAAGUUGCUGAUUUACAAAAUAAAGUAAAGAAUCUUACCUCAGUUGAGAAACAGGCACAAAAAGAUUGUUCAAACUUCCGUGACUUGGCUGUGACAAGAGAAAAAGAGCUACAGCAAACUCAGAAAGAACUAAAUGAAUGUGAGAAGGAAUUGAUCAGCAUUCGAACCCAGCAAGCAGAAUAUGAACGAGAGGUCAAGAGGUCAAGUGAUGAUCUCAUCAGUAUGACCUCUGAACUUGAACAGCAAAGACAAAGAUGUCAUCAAUUGGAAACUAACGUUGGUUCCAUUCAAGACAGAUAUAGUGACGAGACCGACAUCCAUGUUGGCUUCCUAAGAGAGUUGCUACAUGUUAUUUGCAACUCAAAUGGGGAAACUAACACAUUGACUAAAAUUACCUGGCUUGAUGCUUCACUUCAUGUAAGAGACGGUCUCGAUUCACUCAUUUCGAAGUUUAAUCGAUGCAAUGAACAGUGCAAGACUUUGGAGUCUUCUUGCUCCGAGAUGCAGAGAUCGAUCGGAGAGCUUCAGAAAGCUCACGAGUCCUCCGUGGAUCGACUUGCGGAGCGAUGCAGGGAGAGAGAGGAGGAAGCAGGAAGACAGAGGAAACAACUCGAGCAACAUUAUGAAGCUCUUCUUGCUGAGAUGAAUGGAAGGACAAAGGUAGAAUGAACAUUUUUCAAGCAU